CGGGGCUUCAGGAGGUUGGCUGAGUCCGAGUUUCUCGUCUUUCUCUCUUGCUCAGUAUCUCCACUUUCACCGAGAGAGAGAGAGAGAGAGAGAGAGAGAGAAAGAGGCGCAGUGGGCUGCAGUUUAGGAUAUGCUUCUGCUCUGCGGUAAAGUUAACAGAUGCCGCCCAAGACAAACAGAAGCCUUUCCUGACAUAUAAAUGUGUUUUCCCACGGUGAACCUUACGUUGCUGGCAGGAUGUCCUCCAUAGAUCCUUAUCAGUACAUUAUAGUUGAACAUCAGUAUUCUCACAGGUUCAGAGUGACUGUGGUGAGAGCGGAAAAUGUCACUAAAGGCACGCUUGGGGACUUGCUGGACACGCCAGACCCGUAUGUGGAGCUGUCAAUCCCAACUGCUCCCGAGUCGAGAAAAAGAACACGUCACAUAGACAAUGAUAUCAAUCCAAAGUGGAACGAAACUUUCGAGUUCCUUCUGGACCCCCAACAGGACAAUGUGCUGGAGAUGACUUUAAUGGAUGCCAACUAUGUCAUGGAUGAGACACUGGGCACAGCUACAUAUUCAGUCAACAACGUGAAAGUAGGACAGCCAGAGAUGGUGACUCUGUCUAUUGGCAAGACUACAAAGGUGCACCUGGAGAUGGCAUUGGAAGUCUGUUCGUCCACUGACCUGCGUUUCAGUAUGGCCCUGUGUGAUCAGGAGAAGCUGUUCAGGGAGAUGCGUAGAGACAGAGUCAUGCUGGGCAUCAAAAAAUUCCUAAACAUGGAAAACCCACGCUUCCUGCCCACCUCACAAAAGGAGGUUCCCACCAUCGCCAUAGUGGGAUCAGGAGGAGGUUUCCGAGCCAUGGUAGGCUUCUCUGGGGUGAUGAAGGCUCUGUAUGAGUCUGGAGUGCUGGACUGUGCUACUUAUGUGGCAGGACUUUCUGGCUCAACAUGGUACAUGUCCACGCUAUACUCACACCCCGAGUUUCCUGAGAAAGGCCCUCGAGACAUCAAUCAGGAGCUGAUGAAGAGUGUGAGCAGCAGUCCACUCAAACUCCUGAUGCCACUGCACAUCAAACGCUACAUUAAAGCUUUGUGGAAGAAGAAAGCAAGCGGCCAGCCAGUCACUUUCACCGACAUCUUCGGCAUGCUCAUCGGAGAGACGCUUAUACCGGGGCGGAUGGACACGACACUGAGCUCCCUGCAGGAGAAGGUGAAUCUAGGUCAGUGUCCUCUGCCUUUGUUCACCUGCUUGCACGUCAAACCCAACGUCUCUGAGCUCAUGUUUGCCGACUGGGUGGAGUUUAGUCCCUAUGAGAUUGGCAUGGCAAAAUAUGGCACCUUCAUGACCCCUGAGCUCUUUGGCAGCAAGUUCUUCAUGGGCAGCGUUGUGAAAAAGUAUGACGAGAACCCACUUCAUUUCCUAAUGGGUGUGUGGGGCAGUGCUUUCUCCAUCCUGUUUAAUCGAGUUAUCGGAGUGAAGGAGACAACUGGCUGGAGCAGCACUAUGGAGGAGGAGCUAGAGCAAAUUAAACCAGAACACAUUCUUGGAAAUGACACAACGGAUAACGAAGAGGAACUGCGCAGGACGGGUACAGAGUCUUCGGAGGUGGAGGAGGAGCGGCAGCGUAAUGCUCAGGCCAGCUGGGUGCAGCGGAUGUUCACCUCCAUGGUGGGCGACACGGCGCUGUUUAACACACGCGAAGGCCGCGCGGGAAAAGUGCACAACUUCAUGCUGGGCCUGAACCUAAACUCCAUGCCUUUCACACCCCGCCAUCCCUUUCUACCACAGAUCUCUGUUGAGGAUGAGGUCGACGCCGUCACAGAUCCCAAUGAGUUUGUUCACAUCUACGAGCCUCUGGAUGUAAGGAGUAAGAAGAUUCAUGUGGUGGACAGUGGCCUGACCUUUAACCUGCCCUACCCCUUGAUCCUGCGACCCCAGCGGGGUGUUGAUCUGAUCAUAUCUUUCGAUUUCUCAGCCAGGCCGAGUGAUUCCAGUCCUCCCUUUAAGGAGCUUUUGUUGGCUGAGAAAUGGGCACGCAUGAACAAAUUGCCUUUUCCUAAGAUCGACGUGAAGGUGUUUGAUCGCGAGGGUCUGCAGGAGUGUUACGUGUUUAAGCCCAGGCCAGAAGAUAAACACUGCCCCACUGUCAUCCACUUCGUCCUGGCCAACAUCCACUUCAGGGAAUUCAAGGCUCCCGGAGUUCCCAGAGAGACAGAUAAGGAGAAGGAGUUUGGUGACUUUGACAUAUUUGACGAUCCUGAGACCCCGUAUUCCACAUUCAACUUCCAGUACUCAAAUCAGGCAUUCAAACAGCUGCAUGACCUCAUGGAGUUCAACACACUCAACAACAUCGAGCUAAUAAAAGAUGCCAUCAAAGACAGCAUUCUCCAGAGGCGGAUGAACCCGUCGCGCUGCAAUGUCUCUCUUUCACUCAAUGAGAUUGAAAACAAGAAGUUCCUGAAACGCGGCACCGGCAGCGUAAAAAAGGACACACCUAAUAGGUAAACACAACGAGUGGAUAAAUCAGUCUCAGCUUCCUGAGAGUUUGGAUGUAGUAUCAAAUCUUGCUGGACAAUAGAUUAAAAUGGAAAUAAGUUAAAACAAGCAGAACUGGAUACACUACCGUAAGGCACAGUAUGGAAUUGGGCAUUUUGUGAACUUUAUCAGUGCCUUUAUCUUGUGAUGAUAAGGUUUACACAAUCUUGUACACCUUUUCCCACAUCUUUAAAGCUUUUAGUUGUCAUUAACAUUGGAUGCAGAACCACAGACACACACACUUCUGUAUCUUUAGGGUGGGCUUGACUGUGUGAGGAAUCUCCACACACACUAACAGUCAACACACAGUCUGGAUUUCAUCAGGAUACAGUGUCACAGUGUCCAAACCCAGUGUCCAAAACCACACACAGUUCUCUACAUAGUGCAUAGUGAUGUCUGAAAACAAGGUCACUGCAAUCCCACAGUGAAAUCCCACCGAGCACUGUGGUAUGAAUAACAUGAAUAUCCAUAAUGCACCAUGGAAUUUGGCUUAAAUUCAUAUUUUAAGAAGAGACCCAAUCCUUUCUUCCAUGAUGUCUUCCAGGCAUUUAUAUGGUGUAGUUUCAGUGGUCAAGGAAUAGUGUAUAUUAACCAUAAUGCACUGUCAUUAGUCACGUUUACAUGGACACCUUUUGUUUCAAUCGGAAUGAAGACAAUCAGAUUGAUUAAUCCGAUCGCAGUGUUUACAAGAACGCUGAAUAAAGUAAUCGGGUUGAUAUGCGCGUUUACAUGACAGAAUCGGAUUUGAUCUUCUGACAUGCACACAGUGCACGAAUACACGUUUCCCGCCGUUCCAACAUGCAGAUACUAGCAGCCACUCUCUUGCCAUUGCUUCUUUUUUCGUUUUAAAAAGCAGACUUAACAUUUGCCUAUUUCAGCUGCUAAUUAGAAGAUGAUGAGCGUGUGAUGUUUUGUGCGGUACUGCGUGUAUUUAUCAAGCAAUUAAAAUGCCCCUUCCCGAGCCCAGAGCAAGGCGUCUGUGGAUGAGGGUCUGAAGCAAAGACUGGUGGGACAAUGUUGUCUUGCACCACUUCACAGACGAGGAGUGGAAGGAGAAUUUUAGGAUGACACAACAGUCAUUUAUGACAAUAUGCUCAAUGGUGGAGGGGAACAUGUCACCUGGUGAGGCUACGGUCAGAGCCCCAAUACCGCUGACAGCCGUGCGUCAUACGUCAUUAUGUGAUUUGUACGUCAUUGCACAUGCGCAGAACUAUCUGGUUUCAUUUUCAAUCCGAUGAAGUGUUUACAUGUCCUCUCCAUCGGAUUAGAAAAGGUUUAAACCACCCCUUACGAUCCGAAUGAAAUUUUAAUCGGUUUUGGCCAAUUCAUUCCGAUUGACGUGUUUACAUGUGACUUUUUAAAUCUGAUUGUGCUUCUAGUCCAGUUACGAUUGGAUUAUUAGUGUCCAUGUAAACGCAGCUAUUGGCUUACAAUUAAUCAAAUUAUUGUAGAAAGAAAAAAUGCAAAACUCUUAUUAAUAACAUAUAGCUAAAACAUAUAGCUAAAAGUAAAUUGUUUUGUGCCUCCGUCCUUCCUGACAUUUGACAAAGGCCUGUAUGACAAAACUUGUGUGUUAUACUGCAUCCUGGUCUAAAAUCCUGUCUAGUCUUCAGCUCUUUUCUGUAAAAAUUACUGAUGAUAAAUCUAGAGUUAAGUUGUAUAGUGUGUACUUGGUUUAAGACAAUCUGCCGAUUCACUGUCACACUUUCCAUUUGUUUGUUAAGCUCCAUUAUGUAGACCUGGCAUUUUAAAGCUAGUCAUCAAAAGAUAAAAUUACACAAAGACAUAUACCUGCCCUCCCAGAAGCUGCCUGAAAGGAUCAGAAGAAAAUAAUGGCAUGAUGUGACAUGUUGUGUACACUGUAUACACACAUUUCUGGCUUCAUGCACACGUUCUAGUAUCAGAAUGAUGCCUACUCAUGAAAUUCAAGCAUUCCUAUACUGAUACAUCUCAUCUGAUAAUUUGCUCUUUCUUGUAAACUGUAUUUUGGAAACUGGUAACAUGACCUGCUGUUUGAGAGUGUGGGUGAGGACUGUGAUGACCAGCUCUAUCAGGAGUUUUGUGUUUUUCCUUUUUAUUAUUUAAUAUGUAUAAGUCAUGUGUCAAUUUCUGUGUAACUAUGAACUGCAGAUCAGUCCUGCAAAUGAAUAUUUCUGAAUUUCUCUUGUUUCAUUACAAUAAGAUUUAUUUAUACAGUGCCUUUCCCACACUCAAAAAGCAAAAGUUCAGGAGAGUCACUUACAGUAACUUUUAUGUUUAUAUUCUUAUUAUUUUUGUGUAGUAACUAGUCUUAUUUAUGAAUCAAAUAUGUUUAAUAUCAUCUCAGUUCUGUGAAAUAAUCGAAGGCUUUUUGACUUCAUGACUUAUUUUUAUUUUAUGCCUGUAUGAACUUCAUAGUUAACUAUACAGUUAAUAGCACAUAACACUGUACAGUUAGCACUGGAUAACACUAACAAUGACAAUGAGAUAAAACACGAUGUACUGCAGAAUGAGAACUGUUUUGCUUGGUUAUGGAAAUGACCAGGUUGUACACACUAAUCAUUCAUUCUUCCGGUCACUGGCAGACCAUAAAGAAAAAGAUCUUCAAAAAUCAAUAUCAGUCUAUGAGGGACACUUAUUUCAGGGUGUAUGUGUUGGAUAUGCAUCCUGAAUUAAAGACUGUUCAUAUUUCAGCAUAAUUCUAAUGAUUUUUUAUAGUUUACUUUUAUUAUCCAUAAUAUGUCUGUAAUUAUUUAAAUUGUUGUUCCUUAAUAAAACUCCAGUUCAAUCUGGAUAACCAAGAA